AGCUGGCAAUUGGAAGAUAUUGGAUCGGAAAAUGGUUUGCGUUGGGAAUUUGGUUCUCUAUUUUUUGGUUGCGUGUCUUAUGCAACAAAAUAAAUAAAUAAAUAAACUUGGAUCACUCUCAUGGUAGUCGCAUAUAUUUUAUUUCUAAUUUAAAAAUUUAUCUUCCGAGAAAAUCGAGGAACAACCAAGUACGAGAAACAAAGUCAUCAAUACAUCAAACAAAACAUAACAGCUUUUUUACUUUUGGAAAUGGAAACACAAGUUGCUUUUGUUGUGCGCUUUCUAUGAUCCACUUCUCUGUUAAAUUGCUGGACCAAAUAUGUCCAUAGGGCAUGGAUUCUUCAUCCUCCCAAUAUGUUUCCACAAGUAUUGGUGUAUAUGAUCCUAUCCACCAGUUUGCUAUAUGGGAAGAACAUUUCAAGAAUAAUGGUGAUUUAAGUGCAUCCAUGUCCUUAAUUGAGGAGGCCAAUAUGAAGUUAAAUAAUCAGUCAGAGGAUGCUUGUUUUGGAAUAUUGGGAACAUCUACCAAGUAUGAUCAAGAAGCUAACAAACUUACUGAUAAGAUGCAAAGACGUCUUGCGCAAAACCGAGAGGCUGCUCGAAAGAGUCGUUUGAAGAAAAAGGCUUAUGUACAACAGUUAGAAUCGUGUCGUUUAAAGCUGGUGCAGCUAGAGCAAGAGCUAGAUCGCACAAGACAACAACAGGAGGGGUUGUAUGUUGCUGGUGGAUUGUGUUCAAAUAAUUUGGGUUUUGAAGGCUCUGUAAAUUCAGAAAUAACAACUUUUAAGAUGGAGUAUGGAAACUGGGUGGAAGAGCAAAACAGACAAAUAUUGGAGUUGAAAACUGCUUUAAGUGCUCAUAUCAGUGACAUACAGCUUGAGCCGAUUGUAAAUGGCACCAUGAAUCACUAUUUCAAACUCUUCUGCAUGAAAUCUGCUGCUGCACAAGUAGAUGUUUUCUAUGUUAUCAACGGCAUGUGGAAUACAACAGCUGAAAGGUUUUUCCUGUGGAUCGGAGGUUUUCGCCCCUCUGAACUUCUUAAGGUUCUGGUCCCUUUGAUUGAACCAUUGACAGAGGAACAAAGGUUUGAUGCAUCUAAUCUUGAACAGUCGUGUCGGCAAGCAGAAGAUGCCCUUUCACAAGGUAUGGAAAAACUCCAGGGAAUGCUUGCUGACACAGUAGUAGCAGGACAACUCAUUGAAGGAAUUUACAUUCCACAGAUGGCUGUUGCAAUAGAGAGGCUGGAAGCUCUGGCUAGUUUUGUCAACCAGGCUGAUCAUCUACGACAGGAAACUUUGCAGCAGAUGUCUCGAAUACUUACCAUACGUCAAACUGCUCGUUGGCUGCUUGCUUUGGGUGAGUAUUUUCAACGUCUAAGGGCUUUGAGCACACUUUGGACUAACCGUCCUCGUGAACCUGCUUAGUAAUCUUCAAGCAAGAGAUAGAGCAAACUUGUAAUUUUAACACCAUGGUCAGGAUUACAUCCAGAUCCCGAUUGCUGGCAAAGCCUUGCGGUAUAGUUGUAAAUAUGACUGCCCAUUUAUGAAUAGAUGAUCAUGGUGAUUCUAUUGAUAUUGGUAAUGUAAGAUAUGUAAAAGCUGGGUGUUUUGAACAUGAAACAAGUGUUUCUUGCUAGCCAAGUUUCUUCUUUAGCAGACUUUGGAAACCUUAACAAAUAAAUUUUAUUUUCCUAAAUGUAUUGAAUUUUCUGAGAAUGUAAAAUAUGAUUUUCGGGCUUUGAA